ACCUAGACUUGAGAAACCAAUUAAACACGAUCGAGCUACAAACAUGUCUGCUUCUACUUCCGCACCUAAUCGUGAGCUGCUCCAAGCUGAUUCUGCAGGAGACUUUUACUCGAGGAGAUUGCUCCUGCCCUACAAGUUUUACCAGCCACCGACUAUGGCAACUCCUCCUGCCACUGGAAAUGGCCACGAGUCGCUGGAAACCAACGCGGGUGACAAAAGUUUCGACGCAAAUGUUGUCAUGGUCCUCUCAGUCCUCUUGUGCGCACUGAUUUGCUCUUUGGGGUUGAAUUCUAUAAUCAGGUGUGCCUUAAAGUGGUCAAAUAUGGUAGCCUUCGAGUCCGGUACUACUGGAAAUGCCUCGGCUCGGAAGGCCGUUACUGGGGUGAAGAGAAAAGCCGUCAGGUCUUUCCCGACGGUAAUCUUUUCGCCUGAGCUGAACCUGCCGGGCUUGGACACCGAUUGUGCAAUAUGCCUAACGGAGUUCGUGGCAGGCGAGCGUGUGCGCCUUCUGCCCAAAUGCAACCACGGUUUUCAUGUCCGGUGCAUCGAUAAAUGGCUAAGUUCGCAUUUCUCGUGCCCAAAAUGCAGACACUGCCUUAUCGAGACAUGCGAAAAGAUCGCCGGCCGCAGCCAGGCAAGCUCAUCGGAACAGCCCCCAACAGUGGAAGAAGUCGCUGUAAGCAUCGCAGCACUGGAACCUGAAGGUUUGAUUCGUGCUUACUUAUAGGGGGAUGCAGUACUUAGGCGUAUUCUUCAUCCUUACAUAUGAUAUGGAAACUGUAGUAGUUUAGCCUUAAUUAAUUUGUGUAAUAGUUAGCACUUGAAAGUAGAAAUGUCUCCAUUUCUCUGGUUACAGCCUUCAUGUAAAUUUGUACAGAAUA